AUGGAAGCUAAUACUGCUGUGACUCUGCAAGCAGCGCAGAGGUUAGGCCAACCGGCUGGGAAUGGAAACGAGAAUGGCGAAGGAAAUGCUAAUGAUAAUGCUGAAGAGAACGGCGGCAAUACGGGUGGUGCUCCGAUGACCUUGGCGACUUUUCUCAAGGUUCAUCCACCAACUUUCCGAGGAUCAACUAAUCCUACAGAAGUAGACAACUGGUUCCAGGCCAUAGAGCGUGUUUUACAGGCGCAACACGUUCCGAAUAAUCAAUAUGUCGAGUUUGCUGCUUAUCAGCUUGUGGGAGAGGCCCAACAUUGGUGGCAAGGCGAGUGCCACUCGCUACAGCUCCAAAAUGCUGAUGUUCUUUGGGAUGUAUUUCAGACGGCCAUUUAUAAGAAAUACUUCCCUGAGUCUGCAAGGGAAGCGAAGGAGAUGGAAUUGAUGCUGCUGAAGCAAGGUUUCCUAUCUGUGGUGGACUACACAAGUAAGUUUGAGGAGCUUUGUAGGUUUUCUAGGGUGUGCCAGGGUGUCCCAAAAACCUAUGAAAGUUGGAAAUGUAUUAAAUACCAAAGGGGGUUGAAGGAAAACAUAAUGACUACUGUGGCUCCUAUGGAGAUUUGUACCUUUUCCGACUUGGUGAACAAAGCAUGGGUGGUUGAGGAAUAUACCAAGACAGUACCGGCGUCCAAGGAUACUCAUGGAGGGAAUACUAGUAAUGGACGUGGCAAGUAUUUCCAUCCGAGGGGUCAAAGUUUCAAGAGAUGA